CAUGAACAUACACGUACAAUCAGGCUCUUUCAGAAACCAAUCAUGAACACCACUGACUCAUGGAACAGGUCUCUAAAAAGCUUAUUUUCGUUUGAGGGAAGCAUCUUAUUUUUUAUCUGUCAUUUGGGUGACACUGUCAACUUGCUUUGCUGAGGCUAAAACCUGUGAUUUGACCAGUUUUGAGAUGGAUAACUUCACCAGCAACACAUGGGCUUCACUUGCUCUUCUGGAGAUGUUCGAUUUCAUCGAUGAUCUGAUCGAUGCUCUGCUCGAUGAUCGGAUGGAUGUUCAGACCGAAGCUCUGACCCAUGCUCUGAUCCAUGCUGGGCUCAAUGUUCAGAGCAAUGUUCGGAUCGAUUUUGGGAAACAUGCUCUGAUCGAUGAUCUGAUCGAUGCUCUGAUCAAUUUUCAGACUGAUGAUCUGAUGCAUACUCUGAUCGAAGCUCUGAUCAUUUUUCGUAUCGAAGCUCCGAUCAGUGUUUGGUUCAAUGCUUGGAUCCCUGCUCCGAUCCAUACUUUUACCCGUCUGCUGAGGGACCCCCUGAUUGAGAGCCUUCCUAUCUUCUAUCAGCAACGCAGAAAUCCUCUUCAGCUCUUCUUCUCCGCCAUGACAACCGAUCCAGGCCAGAAGCAAUGGGUAGACAAGGGCAGAUGCUCGGAGCGACCACAAAAAGACCAAGCUACUACUACUCCUCCUCCGGAUGUGUGGUCUUCAGCCUCCCCUUGGGGCGAGGACUAUAUCAAGGACCAGGGCCAGGACUAUAACAAGGACCAGGGCCAGGACUAUAACAAGGACCAGGGCCAGGACUAUAACAAGGACCAGGAGCAGGACUAUAACAAGGACCAGGACCAGGGCCAAGGUAACGGAUGGAGAAGGACUAUAACAAGGACCAGGGCCAGGACUAUAACAAGGACCAGGGCCAGGACUAUAACAAGGACCAGGGCCAGGACUAUAACAAGGACCAAGGCCAGGACUAUAACAAGGACCAAGGCCAGGACUAUAACAAGGACCAAGGCCAGGACUAUAACAAGGACCAGGAUAAGGGCCAAGGUAACGGAUGGAGAAGGACUAUAACAAGGACCAGGGCCAGGACUAUAACAAGGACCAGGGCCAGGACUAUAACAAGGACCAGGGCCAGGACUAUAGCAAGGACCAGGGCCAGGACUAUAACAAGGACCAGGAGCAGGACUAUAACAAGGACCAGGACCAGGGCCAAGGUAACGGAUGGAGAACACAUGGACGACAUGGAGACCUAUGUGACAUCGCUGCCCUCCUGUUUCUGGGUUGUCAGUAGUUAACAUAGCCACACAAAGUCAACAUUGGCUAAAUUGUAAACAUUAAUCAAGACAAAAAUUAGCUUUUUAGUUUUAAUUUAAAGUUAGGGUUAGGCAAAAGGUUAGCAGUAUGAUUAAGGUUAGGGUUAGGUUUAAAAUCACAUUUUAAGAAGAUAAACUGUAGAAAUAGGCGGGGUUUAUGACUUUGUGGCUGUGGUAACUGGUGACGAGCGAUAGCACCAACCCCCAAGGGAGAUUAGCUGACAUCAUGGCGUCAACUAAUGGAGAUCUUAAUAAAAUUCAAGUUCACUCUGUCGUCUCUUUCCCUUUCUCCAUAUCUCUCUGUGGUUCUUUCUCUCUCUUGCGGAUUACCUUCAUUUUGAUGUGAGGUGAAGCGAUGAAGACUGAUAAAAGAGUCUUUGUUUACUCCCCUUCAUGGAUCCAAGACUUAACAAGCGCCCACUUACUAACGUUACACAAUUCAGCUUUGCUUUGACAUCCGCUAUCAGAUCCAUGAAGGGGAGUGAACAAGGGCAGGAGAGACCAUCUUCCUGGAAUGAAACAGGCUGAGUUUAAAGUGUGACCAUGCUAUUUUGUAAAAAUAUUGUAUUGUAGUUCAGAACCUCUACUCCUGUCAGGUCAGUCUAUUUUUGAUUGCUACUGGUGACCCUGUAACCCGGUACUAUCCUGUGUCAGUAAUUUUAGAUAUAUAUGGUUAAAUUCAAAAAGAUUUGUAAUAUUGAUAUUGUGCGUGACGUAAAUAUGUCCUUUGGAGUGGAACUUGAGGCAGAAGCUUUUUCUGACUCUGAGCAGGCGACAAAGAUUCUAUACAGACGCAAACGUCGGGAAAGCAUGGAGGAGCCUAUAUUUUUUAGCUCAGAAACUGAGAUCUACAUAAGUAAAGAUGCAGAUUAUCAGACAUUGAGAGUGAAAAACAAUGGCAUAGACUCUUCUCAACGCAAACGUAGGAAUGGCUUACAUAUUCCACCAAAUUUUUGAGCAGAGCUGUAACAUGCACACUGCAACAUAUACAUGCUUUAUGUAUACUUCAGAGAUACAUAGUCACACUUUAAACCAGGUAUACUCUAUCUAAUAAAGCCUUCAUGACACCUUCAUAAUGUCCUACAUAGAGGCUACAUAAAUCAUUUGAAAUGUCAUGCUGCAAGAAAAGGUGAUAUAACAGGUCCUUUGUUAUGGUCCCUCCCCAAAUGUAUAACGCCUAACCCCAAAAAGGUUGAGACAACAUGUUCUAAGUUGCCAAUGAUGCAAAUGUUACAUCAGGUCUUAGGCCUGAAAGAGACAGUUGUUUUGGUCUAUUUCUGACUCACCUAAGGUGUUUUUAAGUAUAUUAGCUUAAAGGGCAUCUCCACCACUUUUUAACCUCAUUCUCAUUAUGUCCAGCACAAUACCAGUGUCAACAUAUGUGAACACGGCACAUUUGUGCGUUUUGUAGAAAAAUUAUAUUAAAAGACAUCAAAAGUUAAAACAUUUAAAAAUCUGUGAUUUUCACGGUAACCUGGGGAGCAAGAUAAUAUCCUCCAUUGGGCCAGAAACUUGUUGAAGGUUUUGAAAAACACUUACUUUUAAUCCUAACCUCUGCAUUUUUAAGGACCUUGUCUUUUAAACCCCAGAUCACAGAAACGCCCUGUUUUCACAUAUUUAGACACUGGUUUUGUCUUGGAGUUGAUGAAUAUAAGGUUGAGAAAUAGCGGAAUUGCUCUUUAACAUUGUUCAGAAAAUCCUGGAAAGCAUUGAAAAUGUACCAAUGUAUUAUUCAAAAUCAUGGCGCAACAUUGCUUUUGAACCAGCUAACAAACUGUUUGUUAAUUGUUUAGAUGAAUUAACAACACCCUAGAUAAGUAAGAACUGUCCCUUCAACAGAUUAUUUAUAUAUUUUUAUAUAUAUUUAUAUUUGUUUGAUGUAAUUUGCAUGUAUAUAUGGCUUACUUGAAUUCAAGUGACUGUCAGAUCACAAUUAACAUUGCAUGGAGCAUGAGUUAUACUCGAAGGAGGUAGACAGAAGGACGGCAUAUUAACCAUUUGAGCUUCAUUGCUCUGUAGAAAAUGUGCCCUACAUCAAAAACUGUUUGUCACCCUUGAUACAGUAUAAGGUUAAACUACUGUCAUACUAACAUCGAUGAUUGCUCCUUCUGUGUUUUAAAUAUAGAUAUCGUUUGUAUUUUUAAUAUGUUAAUAAAAAUCUGCUAUUUUA